GCACUGAUGGGUGGCACUGGUGGGCACAGGUGGGUGGAACUGGUGGGCACAGGUGGGUGGCACUGGUGGGCACAGGUGGGUGGCACUGGUGGGCACAGGUGGGUGGCACUGCUGGGCACAGGUGGGUGCAUUGCUGGGCACAGGUGAGCGCACUGCUGGGCACAGGUGGGCGGAACUUGUGUGUGGCACUGCUGGGCACCGAUCAUCAGGGCACUGAUGAUCAGUGAUCUUGAUGAUCGGUGCCGAUCCCCGCUCUGACAACUGCCGGUUUUCGGCAGCACUUUCCUCACGCUCUGACAGCGUGAGGAAAGUGCAGCCGAGAACCGGCAUUUGCAU